AUGGAUAUGCCUGAUGAUAUGAUACUUGAGAUCUUCUCAUGGUUACCUGCAAAAUCUGUCUGCAAAUUCAAAUGCGUCAACAAAUUCUACAACACUGUUUCUUCAGAGGACACAUAUUUCAUCCAGAAGCAAUCCCAAAAUGCCUUGCUAAGGGAUGACUCUUGUUUCUUUCUGCAACCAAACUCAGUUCAAAGAUAUGGUGCAGAAAUCGAGUUCCAUCAACUACAUUCAAAGAACCCAAUCUCUGGUGUUUCUCAUGAAUUCUUACAAUUUUUGGAAUACUAUCCAUCUUGUAGGAUUGUUGCUUCAAGCAAGGGCUUGAUUCUUGCUCGCAGUGAUAAAGAGCUAUUCAUUUGCAACCCAAUAACACAAUCAUGGCUUCCUGUUCCAACGCCAGACUUUCUCAAAGAAUACCCAGAUGCUGAUCUUAAACUCGUUUUAGAGUGCAACACUGAAGACUCAAAUGAUUUCAUGCUACUUCUAUUUGAAGCUCAAGAUGAGUGGGCUUCUCAAUGUCAUGAUUUGAAAUUUUACUCUAUAAAGGAAGGUGCAUGGAAGGCAAUUGAAGCAAGCUUCUUCACUGGUUGCAGGCCGUUGAGAUUCGACAUGCAUGUUUAUCAUAGAAAAGCCUUCCACUUCAUAUCAGAUUGCUUUCCUUUUCUCUGCAACAAGUGCCCUCAUUUCAGACCAUAUAUAAUGGCUUACAACAUUGAAGAUGGAAGCUCAAGAAUGCUUAGAAUCCCUAAAGAGGCCAGAGCUGGCUCCCAUGACUUGACCUGUCAGAUGGGCAUUUAUAAAUGGGGGAAAUCACCGAGUUCAGAUCAGUCAAUUUGUUUGGUGAGAUUGAGGAAGAAAGUUUUUACUGUCUGGGUUUUAACUGAUUAUGAGGUUAACAAAUGGAGAAAGAUUUUGAAAAUAAGGGUGAAGGCAAUGGGUACGAAAGAAGAAGAUCCUAUUAUUAUAACGGGAUUCACUGUCAUGAAUGGAGAUCGAUUGAUUUUUACUACAGAGAAGAAGAUUUAUGGAUAUGGAUUGAGGCAGGAAAUUUAUAUGAAGCUUGAAGAAAUUUGUGAACAUGGUUUUGGACGGGAUGCAACACGUUUCACUGCCUACUCAGAUACACUUCGUCCUUGUGGAGAUGGUGCUGCAAAAUUACCGUUGCUUCAACAACAAUAUUCAUCUUCUUUGGUUUAG